ACCGUCAUCGUCCACCCAACCCUCCACACCCCCGAACCAAAGCCACAGUCUCUACCCACUCUGUUUGAUCGCUACAAGGCUCUCCGCACCCUCGGCUGUUGCAUGCACACGCCAACAUGGACCAACGACGACCUCCCGAGUAUGUGCUGGAGGUCUUCGCCGACCCGGCCUGCGUCAAGGACAUCGUCAAAGCCAUCCUGCACACCAUCUUCUUCCAUCGCUACUUCACCCCGGUCACGCCUCUCCACCGUGAUCUCCUCGACCUAACCCUCCCCGCCAUCGACGACGUUGAUCUGGAGACCCUGAUCGACCAGCGCGCCACGGCUCUGACGCGUGCCAUCGAGACGGGCGUCGGCCACCAGCAGCGCGGCCGCGGCCAGCUGGCCGUCCAGUUCUUCGAGAAGCGCCGGCGCAAGUCAUACUUCCCCUUUGGCACGCUGGGCAAGGGGCGUGGGGACGAGGAGAUAUGCUGGGAGAUGUGGACGCUCGAUGUGACGCUCGCAACGCCGCGGAAUGAGACGGACGUCAUCAAGGUCCGGCGCGCCAUGGAAAAGAGCCUACACAAGACAGCCCUCAAGAUUGUCAACAUCGUCAAUAGAGACAAAGACCAUAUCCCACCCAUCACAUCCACCGACACCAACCCUUUCCCUUACCAGAUUCUGGUUAACCCCAAGACUGAGGGCUGGGGCCAGCGAAUAGGCAUAUUCUAGACACAUCACGUGUUCUGAUUUGCUGGGCAUCUGGAAGGCGUUUGGGCUAGGUGUAUUAUACGAGGCGUUGCAUGGAUGGAGUUGGGCGGCGAC